AUGGACGUUUCUGAACGAAUAGAUGCACUGAAAUCGUUAAUUGCUGACCGUAUUCUGAUAAUAGACGGCGCAAUGGGUACGCAAAUUCAGGCGCGCAACCUCGGGCCGGAAGAUUUUGGCGGCGAGGAAUACGAAGGGUGCAACGAGUACCUGAAUAUCACGCGCCCCGACAUCAUCGCCAACAUCCACCAGGCGUAUCUGGAGGCUGGCGCCGAUAUUCUCGAAACCAAUACUUUUGGCGCCACGGCGCUGGUGCUGGGGGAGUAUGGACUGGCCGAACACUCCCGGCGCAUCAACCGGGAGGCUGCAUUGAUCGCGCGCAAAGUCAGCGAUGAAAUGGCCGAACGGCAGCCGGGGCGAAGGACUUUUGUGGCGGGGGCGAUGGGGCCCACGACGCGCACCAUCUCGGUAACCGGCGGGCUGACCUUUGACGAACUGGCCGCCGAUUACCACCAACAGGCGGCGGGCCUGAUUGAAGGCGGCGUUGACAUGGUGAUGCUGGAAACCAGCCAGGACACCAUCAACGUAAAAGCCGGACUGGAAGGGAUCGACCGGGCGUUUGACGAGUUGGGCUUUACCACACCGGUUGCCGUACAGGGCACCGUGGAACCGAUGGGGACGCUCCUGGCGGGGCAAGACGCGGAGGCGCUUUACACGUCGCUGGCCCACCGGGAUUUGCUGUGGGUAGGUUUCAACUGCGCCACUGGCCCCGAGUUUAUGACCGACCACGUGCGCACGCUCUCGGGGUUGUCGCAGACCAACAUCGCCUGCGUGCCCAACGCCGGGCUGCCCGACGAGGACGGCAACUAUAACGAAUCUCCGGAGAUGCUGGCGGCCACGCUGGGCCGUUUCGCCGAAAACGGCUGGCUGAACGUCGCUGGCGGGUGUUGCGGCACCGGCCCCGACCACAUCCGUCAGAUUGCAGCGGCAAUGAACGGCAAACCGCCACGAGAUGCCAAACCGCCGCUGGCGUCGCGUGUAUCCGGUAUUGAGGCGGUGCUCAUCGACCCGGACAGUCGCCCGACGAUUAUCGGCGAGCGCACCAAUGUGCUGGGGAGCCGCCGCUUCAAGCGGUUGAUCAGUGGCGAUCGUUUUGAGGAGGCCGCCGAAGUUGGCCGCCGCCAGGUUCGCAACGGCGCCCACAUUCUGGAUGUGUGUCUCCAGGACCCGGACCGGGACGAAAUGUCGGACGUCAUCAAGUUUCUUGACCAGCUCAACCGGCGGGUCAAAGCGCCGAUCAUGAUUGACUCUACGGAUGCGGACGUCAUCGAAGAAUCGCUGAAACGGCUGCAGGGCAAGUCAAUCAUCAACUCCAUCAACCUCGAGGAUGGCGAGGAGCGGUAUCAGCGCGUGGUGCCAUUGGCCCGCCGCUACGGCGCCGCGCUGGUGGUGGGUUGCAUUGACGAUGAUCCCAACCAGGCACAGGCGAUCACGCGGGAGCGCAAGGUGGAAAUCGCCCAACGCUCGCACCAGCUAUUGACCGAAAAGUACGGUGUGGCUGAGCAGGAUAUUAUUUUCGACCCGCUGGUGUUUCCCGCUGGAACGGGCGAUGUGAAUUACGUUGGAUCCGCCGCCGAAACCAUCGAGGGAGUGCGGCUCAUCAAAGCGGCGCUGCCGAACACGAAAACCGUCCUGGGUAUUUCCAACGUUUCGUUUGGCCUGCCUGUCGCGGGGCGGGAGGUGUUCAACUCGGUAUUCCUGUACCACUGCGUGCAAGCGGGGCUGGACAUGGCAAUCGUCAACUCGGAGUUGAUGCAGCGCUACACCACGAUACCCGAAGCAGAACGCAAGUUGUCGGAAGACCUCAUCUGGAACCGGGGAGAUGAUCCGGUGGCCGCUUUCGCCGCGCAUUUCCGCGACCGGGCUCCCCGUUCGACCAUCGAAGAGCGGUCGGCCCUGCCGCUGGACGAACGCCUGGCCAACUGCAUUAUCGAGGGCAGCAAGGAGGGUUUGGCGGACGACCUGGACCUGGCGAUGCUGGAACGGGUGCCGCUGGACAUUAUCAACGGGCCGCUGAUGGCCGGCAUGGACGAGGUGGGUCGGCAGUUCAACGCUAACCAGCUGAUCGUGGCCGAGGUUUUACAAAGCGCCGAAGCGAUGAAAUUUGCCGUGUCUCACCUGGAACCGCAUAUGGAGCGCUCGGACGCAGCCGUUCGCGGACGGAUUUUGCUGGCGACCGUGAAGGGCGACGUGCAUGACAUUGGCAAGAAUCUCGUCGAAAUCAUCAUGUCCAACAACGGUUACCACGUGGUGAACCUGGGCAUCAAGGUGCCACCGCAGGAUCUGAUCGCCGGCUACCGCGAGCACCUGCCGGACAUUAUCGGUUUGUCGGGUUUGCUCGUGAAAUCGGCGCAGAUGAUGUUGGAGACGGUGCAGGAUUUCCGGGUUGCCGGAAUCAGGGCGCCGGUGAUGGUUGGCGGGGCCGCGCUGUCGAAUCGGUUCACUCGCCUGCGCAUUGCUCCGGAAUAUGACGGAUUGGUGGCUUACGCGCCGGACGCAAUGACCGGCUUGGCGUUGGCCAACCUGAUUCAGGAUGCUGACGAACGAGAGCGAAUGGCCGCCCGUCUGGAAACCGAAACCGUAGAAUUGGCCGCGGAACUUGCCGCCCGGAGCCAGUAA